AUGGCCAGCACCGUAACACCUGAGGUCCUCUGGGCGCAGCGCUCCUCCAACGCCGACCCCGAGAAGAACUUUAUCUACCUCACCAUCAACGUCCCCGAUGUGCCAGCGUCCAAUAUCAAGCUGGACGUGAAGCCCACCGGUCUCACAUUCACCGGUCACUCCGACACCCUCAAGAAGACCUACCAUGUCGAGCUCGAGUUCUACGCCGAGAUCGACCCUACCGCGAGCAAGAUCAACCACACGGCUCGCGACGUUGAGAUGAAGCUACGCAAGAAGGAGCUGACCGAGGAGUACUGGCCUCGCCUGCUCAAGGAGUCUAAAAAGAUGCACUUCCUCAAGACCGACUUCGACAAGUGGGUUGAUGAGGACGAGCAGAACGAGGCUGAGGAGGAGGACUUCUCGCAAUUUGGUGGCAUGGGUGGCAUGCCUGGCAUGGGUGGCGCUGGCGGCGACUUCGGUGGCAUCGAUUUCUCCAAGCUCGGUGCUGGGGCUGGUAUGCCCGAGGGCGAUGACGAGGAGGAAUCGGACGACGACAUGCCUCCUCUCGAGGGUGAAGAGGAGGAGGCCGCCAAGAAGGACGCCCCCAAGGCGGACGACGGCAAGGAGGUUGCUUAA